AUGAUGGAGGCGCCACCGGUCCCAAUGAAGAGCCACGAGGAGAAGAACCUGUACGUUCCUCCCUCUCUCUCUCUCCGCCCCUUCCUACCUUGCUUUCCAUUUCAUUCUGCUUUCGACUACUUGGCCCCGCCGCACAUUGAGCAGAUCAAGGCGCUCUCACUAGUGACGGCGAUCAAGACGCCGUAUCUCCCGGACGGGCGGUUCGACAUCGACGCUUACGACUACCUGGUGCACCACCAGAUCGAGAACGGCACGGAGGCCAUCAUCGUGGGCGGCACGACGGGCGAGGGGCACCUCAUGAGCUGGGACGAGCACGUGAUGCUUAUCGCGCACACGGUGAACUGCUUCGGCGAUCAACUCAAGGUUAUUGGGAAUACCGGCAGUAACAGCACGGGCGAGGCGAUGCACGCGACGGAGCAGGGCUUCGCGGUGGGCAUGCACGCGGCUCUGCAGAUUAACCCGUACUACGGCAAGACCAGCGUCGACGGAAUCAUUCAACACUACAAGGCGGUGCUGCCGAUGGGCCCCGCGAUUAUCUACAACGUGCCGGGGCGCACGGGGACGGACCUGACGCCCGACGUGAUCGAGGAGCUCGCCCAGCACGAGAACUUCGCGGGCGUGAAGGAGUGCGUCGGGAACGACCGCGUGUCGACGCACACUAGCAAGGGCAUUGUCGUGUGGAGCGGCAACGACGACCAAUGCCAUGAUGCCAAGUGGAAGCACGGCGCGAAUGGUGUUAUUUCCGUUCUCAGCAACCUCGUCCCCGGGCUGGUGCACGAGAUGCUGACGACGGGUCCGCACCCCGAGCUGAACGCGAAACUCGCGCCGCUCACCAAGUGGCUGUUCCUCGAGCCCAACCCCAUUGGGCUCAGCACGGCGCUCUGCCAGCUCGGCCUCGUGCGGCCCGUGUUCCGCCUGCCGUACACGCCCUACAACGAGGCGCGGCGACGCGAGUUCGUGGAAAUUGUGAACAACAUCGGGCUGGAGCACUUCAUUGGCGCGAAGGAAGUGCGCGCGCUGAAGGAUGACGAUUUCCACCUCAUCACGCGCUUCUACUAG